CUUUAAGCGGCCACGGCGGGGAGGGAGGGAGAUCACGCCGCCUGACAAUGGGCCAGCGGCCGGGCCGCUGAGUUGGGGCAAGUUCCCGGCGCUGCUGUGGCUAGUCGCCUCCUCCACGAGCGCGCCGAGCGAGGCUUGGAGGAGCAGCAGCAGCAGCGAAGUGGCGGGACCAGCCCCGUGAGCGCGCGCGGUGGCCAGGCAGCGGCGGCGGCGGCGAUGAGUUAACCCUCCUCCCCCCGCCCCCAGCGCCGGAGCCCGCCGGGCGCGUCCUCCUCUCUCUCCUCUCCCCUUCCCCGCCCCGAGCGCCGCCUUCCUCGCCUCGCCUCCCCGCCUGGCUGGGGGCAGGUUCGGGGCCCCGUCCCCCCCCCCCCCGCCUGCCGCGAGGCGCUGCGCAAAGGAGCCCGCGAUCCCCCUGCUGGAUGCGUCCCCGGAGGAGCUGAGCCAUGCGGCUGCGGCUCUGGCUCUGGCUGCCGACCUUCGCCUGCUGCUUGGUGGCCUCAACUUCGGGUUCCCGUCCCCGCCUUGAAGACUCGUCUCCGCGGAUAGUAGAGCACCCCUCUGACCUCAUCGUAUCCAAGGGGGAGCCGGCGACGUUGAACUGCAAAGCGGAAGGGCGCCCCACCCCCAUCGUCGAGUGGUACAAGGAUGGGGAGCGAGUGGAGACCGACAAAGAGGACCCUCGAUCCCAUCGCAUGCUGCUGCCCAGUGGCUCCCUUUUCUUCCUGCGCAUCGUGCAUGGAAGGAGGAGCAAACCCGAUGAGGGAGUGUAUGUCUGUGUCGCCAGAAACUACCUGGGUGAGGCAGUCAGCAGGAACGCGUCUCUGGAGGUAGCCAUCCUGAGAGACGAUUUCCGUCAGGCUCCCAGUGAUGUCGUAGUGGCCGCAGGUGAGCCGGCUGUGAUGGAGUGCAUCCCGCCGAGAGGACACCCGGAGCCGACCAUCUCCUGGAAGAAGAACAAUGUCCGCAUCAGUGAUAAGGAUGAGCGCAUUACGAUUCGAGGUGGGAAACUGAUGAUGUCGAACACAAGGAAAAGCGACGCCGGCAUGUACAUCUGCGUGGCGACCAACAUGGUGGGCGAACGGGACAGCGAGCCUGCGGAACUGGUGGUGUUUGAACGUCCCACCUUCAUCAAGAGGCCCAUCAAUCAGGUGGUGCUUGCUGAGGACACCGUGAAUUUCCACUGUGAAGCACAGGGGGACCCCGUGCCAACUUCCCGUUGGCGCAAGGAGGAAGGGGAGCUUCCCCGGGGGAGGUCAGAAAUUCAGAAUGACAACACUUUGCGCAUCAGCCGGGUGAGUGCAGAGGAUGAAGGCACCUACACCUGCGUCGCCGAGAACAGUGUGGGGAAAUCUGAGGCCUCAGGCUCCCUUAGUGUCCAUGUUCCGCCUCAGUUGGUGACCCGUCCACGGGAUCAGAUUGUAGUGCAAGGCCGCACCGUGACCUUUCAGUGCGAGACCAAAGGAAACCCACCACCGGCCGUCUUCUGGCAGAAGGAAGGUAGCCAGAUUCUGCUCUUCCCCAGCCAGCCUCCUCAGGCGAUGGGCCGCUUCUCUGUGUCUCCAAGUGGUGAGAUGACCAUUGCGGAUGUACAGACCUCCGACUCGGGCUACUACAUGUGCCAGGCCAUCAGUGUGGCGGGAAGCAUCCUGGCCAAAGCUCUGCUGGAGGUGGAAGAUGUGACGUCAGACCGAGUUCCGCCAAUCAUUCGCCGAGGACCAACCAACCAAACUCUUGCCAUAGACUCCACAGCACAGCUGCAGUGCCACGUGACUGGGAACCCCCUUCCCAGCAUCCAGUGGCUGAAAGAUGGACAACGGAUUGUGGGCAGUGACCCAAGGAUCAGCCUGUUAGACAACGGAACGCUACAGAUCACGAACCUGCAGGUUGCAGACUCCGGACUGUACGUCUGCAUUGCGACGAGCUCCACCGGUGAGACGACAUGGAGUGGGUUUCUAGCAGUACAAGAAAGUGGAGCUGAUCUCCAGAUGCAGCUCCCGGAGCCCAGCCUUCUCCCGGGGCCGCCCUCUGCACCUCUGGUCACCGAUGUCACCAAGAACAGCGUGGCUUUGAUCUGGAAGCCGAAUCCUGCCAGCGGAGGGGCUGCUGUCAGUUCAUACAUCAUUGAAGCAUUCAGUCAGUCCUCGGGGAGCACCUGGCAGACAGUAGCAGACAACGUGAAGCUGGAGAAGCAUACGGUCAGCGGCUUGAACCCCAAUACCAUUUACCUCUUCCUCAUCCGGGCUGUCAACACCUACGGCCUGAGCGAUCCCAGCCCUGUGUCAGAGCCGGUUCGUACGCAAGACGUGAGUCCCACCAGGCAAGGGGUCGAUCACAGGCAGGUGCAAAGAGAACUUGGCGAGGUUGUGGUCCAGCUCCAGGAUCCUGUCGUCCUCACCUCCACCACCAUCCAAGUGACCUGGACUGUGGACCGCCAGGCCCAGUUUCUCCAGGGCUACCGUGUGAUGUACCGGCCCAAGAGCAGCGCCUGGCUGGUACAGGACGUGAAGUCGCCCGCCGAGCGGAGCACCGUCCUCGUGGAGCUGCGCAAAGGCCAGGAGUACGAGAUCAAGAUCCGCCCCUAUUUUGAUGAGUUCCAGGGCAUGGACAGCGAGGUGCUGCUGGUUCGGACCCCGGAAGAAGCCCCAAGUGCUCCUCCACAGGCAGUUACUGUAGUAACGGUGGGGACCAGCAACAGCACGAGUAUCAGCAUAUCCUGGGAGCCACCCCCUCGGGCAGAGCAAAAUGGGAUCAUCCAAGAUUACCGGGUUUGGUGCCUGGGAAACGAAUCUCGCUACCACAUCAAUAAGACCGUGGAUGGCACCUUGAGAUCAACAGUCUUGCAGGGCUUGGUCCCAGGAAUGCUCUACCGCACAGAAGUGGCGGCAGCCACCAGUGCCGGCGUGGGUGUGAGGAGCGCCCCCAUCACCAUACAGAUCAAGCCCUUGCCGGACCAGGACUCCGUGUCUGUGAACAGCGGGGACAGCGUGAGCCUUGCCGAACAGAUCACAGACGUGGUGAAGCAGCCGGCCUUCAUCGCCGGCAUCGGCGGGGCCUGCUGGGUCAUCCUCAUGUGCUUCAGCGUGUGGAUCUACUGUCGCCGGAAAAAGAGAAAGGAGCUGAAUCACUACACAGCCUCCUUUGCGUACACGCCGGCAGGUAAGGCUUUCCCCCCCUCCGCCACAUUGCUUUCCCAGGGGCCACCGGCUCAACCCCGCGCACACCUCGCUCUCCGAGGGGACGACCCUGACUCUGUGGUCCGCUCUCUUUCAGUCUCUUUCCCCCAUGCGGAUGGGCCGGCCCGUGGCAGCGGCAGCAGGCCCGGCAUGCUGGCCAUGGCCACCAGUAACUCCAGCUACCCUUGGCUGGCAGACUUGUGGCCAGCCCCAAACCUUUUGCGGAACGGGAAGGCAAAGGAGCCCGGAGGGGCCUGCUGCACUGGAAACCACAAUCCCACUGAGAGAUACUAUAAUGAUGCCGGGAUUUCUAACUACAUUGCUCAGACGGAGAAGUUUGGGACAGGGGCGUCGGACGGGCCCAUUUACAGCACCAUCGACCCUGCCAGUGAUGACAUGAGGACGUUCAAUGGGGCAUUUUCGCAGCACACCACUCCGUAUGCCACAACCCCCGUGGUACCAUACGGGGCAACACACCUCCACUCCCCUGAUGAAGAGGAGAGCCAGUGGAACACCCAGCCAGGCGUCUCCACCAUCCAGUAUGCCCAGCCUGAGCGGGGCAGGGCUGAGAGCGCUGCUAAGCCUGGGAAACAGAAAUCUAUGGGGAAGCCAGUGAAGACGCCCUCCCUGAACUGGACCGAAGUCCUUCCUCCCCCUCCUUCUGCCAGUGAACUGAGCCAGUAUGUGGAGGAAGAGGAGCUAGAAAAUGGUUCAGAGGCAGAGGAGUGGUGCCCACCCCUUCCAGAAAGGACCUACCUGAUGGAGAACAUCCAGGAAGAGGAAUGUCCUCCUCCCCCUCCUCGUGGAGAGGCCUCUUCUCCUGCUAACUCCUACGGGCAGCAGUCCACGGCCACUCUGACCCCCUCGCCCCGGGAGGAGAUGAGGGCUUCCGAGGACAUCCCCAGAUUGCACCACUUUGAGAUUCCACACCUGCCCAGGCGGUUACCCAAUGGUUCGGCGCCACCGCCCAGGGCCUGCAGUCCUCCCUUGACUCAGUCCAACCCAACUCUAAAUGUCCUCGAAGAGGGGCCUGAAGGCAUCGCUCCCAGGCAGGGUCAUCGACGUAACCUGAGCCAGACGCCGGUGGAGAAUGGCGACUCCCCAGGAAUAGGAAAACCUCAUCCCAGCAUAGGCGACAUGCCUCUCCCUCCGGGGCAGAAAGCGAAAGGCAAGAAGAAGUCCAAGUCGAGCCACUACCGCCGGGAGAAGAAGCAGGGAGAUCUUCCUCCCCCGCCUUUGCCACCUCCUGCAGAAGACCUUAGCUGCUCUGCUCCAGAAAGCGGCCCACGACUGAACUGCGACACCGCCUCGCUGGAGAAGGACCUGAACGCUGCCUCCGUCGUAGAGCGGAAGGCCAUCCAUCGCACAGUGGCAGGCCACCACCACCUCCAGCACCGAGACGAGGAGGAAAUCAUCCCAUACAGCAAGCCCAGCUUUCUGUCCAGAAGCCAGGUGUCCAGCAACUGCUCCACAACAGGAAGCUCUUCUUCCAGGGGGUCAACAGGAUCUAGAGGUCACGGGUCAGGGCGCAGCCGGACAACAGGGGAUCGUGGCGAGGAAAAGAGAUGAAACCCAACGGAGCCAGCAUGAGCAGCGCAAGGCCUACAAAUGGGUACCCGUGGACUUGGGGCUGAGGGGGUUUCUGUGCUUCUAAUUUAUGACCUUCCAGAAGGAGCCACAUGGCCUGGCCCUUUGUAAAUAAGUUUGCUCCCAGGAGGCCGGCAGUCCCCAGGAGCCAAGGAAGCUGUAUUUAUAAACCAUGACAGAGGGACAUUCAUGCCCAGGGGCCUCUGGGGGGCCCGUUUCUGGAAACGCAAGCGGAGGGUGUGUGCCCAGUGGGAGUGGGGAGGGGCGGGGGCUUGCCUCUGGCCAGCAGUUCAGGGUGGGCACCGCGAGCAGCCCAGCCCACCAAGCACAUGCUCCGAUUCUGCCCGUGUGCACAGCCCUGCCUGCCCCCAGGGCAGAGGUCAGCAGGUGUUUCUUUGAUAGCUAUUGAACCCUUUUGUAAAAUGACCAAUAAAGCUGUUUGUUAACCUGGA